AUGUCUACCUCGGUCAAACAUCAAAGAGCCUUCUCAGAAAGCUGGCUAAUAAUUCAAUUCUUCACAUAUGAGUUCAUCGGUAUGCCUCCUGAGCAGCGUCCCCUCGACAUCACCUGCGCUCUCAUUACUGGCGGUGCAGGCGUAAUCGGCAAAGCCCUCGCCACAUUCUUCCUCUCCCAAGGCAAAAAGGUCAUCAUUGCCGGCCGCACAGAUUCAAACUCAAGGCAGCGUGCGGCGAAUCGGGGUGACGGCCGACUGCACCCGAAAAUGGUGACACGUCCUCCAUCCCCCCCGCUGUGA